AUGCCUCAGGAAGAAAAGGCUGUCAGGAUGGACACUCCACAUACUGAAGAACCCUUCGAUAAGAAAGACAAAAAAACAGAAAAGCAGGAAGAGGAGAUGGAGUUUAAGGAGCUGGGCGGUCUGAGGGAGGCCUUGGCGAAUCUCCGGGGACUGUCCGAGGAGGAGAAGAGUGAGAAGGCCAUGCUUUGCUCCCGCAUCCAAGAGCAGUCCCAGCUCAUCUGCAUCCUGAAGCGGAGGUCAGAUGAGGCCCUGGAGCGCUGCCAGAUCCUGGAGCUGCUCAACACAGAGCUGGAGGAGAAGAGGAUGCUGGAGGCUGAGAAGCUGAAGGCCGUGAGCGAGCAUGCCCAGAAGCUGGAGGAACGCUUCAUGACCCUGGCAGCCAACCACGAGUUGAUGAUCCGCUUCAAGGACGAACACAAGAGUCAGAACGUCAAGCUCAGGGAGGAGAAUGAGAAACUGAGGCUGGAGAAUGACAGCCUCUUCAGCCAGGCUCUGAAGGACCAGGAGGCCAAAGUGCGCCAGCUCACCGCCCGGAGCGAGGCCCUCUCCAAGGAGCUGGACACCCUGAAACAGAGGUGUACUCGGGAUGCCCGCCAGGCACAAGCCAGAGAGCAAGAGCUGCUGGAGCUGCAGAGCCGGCAGGCUUGUGCCCACGCCAAGGAGACAGAGCAGCUGCACAGCCAGCUGCAGAGCCUCCAGCAGCAGCACCAGCAGAUCGCGGAGCAGAUGGCCGCGGCGGAGCAGGCUCACGGCAGCCUGAAGCAGGAGCUGCAGGCCAGACUGCAGACGGUCACUCGCGAGAAAGAUGAGCUGCUGCAGCUGUCCAUGGAAAGGGGCAGGGCGCUUCAGAGCAAGCAAGCGGAGAUCCGCCAGCUUGAGGAGAAGCUGGAGACAGCAGAUGUGGCCAGGAGGCAUGCGCUACAGAGGUUUGAACAGGAGGCUGUGGCCGUGGACAGUAACUUGAGAGUACGAGAACUUCAGCGCAGGAUCGAUGGGAUCCAGAAGGCCUAUGAUGAACUCAGGCUGCAGUCUGAAGCCUUCAAAAAGCACAGCCUGGGCCUUUUAAGCAAGGAGAGAGAACUCAACGCCAAACUCCGCCAUCUCUUCCCAUAG